CAGUAAAAAUACAAAACACCAAUAAAGAUGUUGCAGCAGAUAUUACGUGAUAUGCACGUAGAUCCGGAGAUCUUGGCGGAGCUCGAUGACACCCAGAAGCAGACACUCUUCUGUCGAAUGCGCGAGGAGCAAGUCAGGCGCUGGCGCAUUCGCGAGGAGCAAGAAGCAAAAUUAUUAGCUUGUGGAGGUGCAUUGAAAAAGGAACGAAAGCCAAGCAAACGUGGAAAGAACGUUAGUUUUUUAAAAGGCGAAGAUGGCGAACCUUGGGUUUGGGUGAUGGGAGAACAUCCAAAUGACCCGAGCAUCGAGGAAAUCUUGGAAGCGGAGGCUCGCGAAACUGCACGCCGGCAAGCGGAGCAGGAAGCGCAACAGUUGCGCCACACUGUUGAAGCCGAACUCGGCGAGCUGCUUAUGCGAUGCGAUUUAGCAGCGGAACAAAGCAAGGCGAAGGAAUCAUUGAAUCCGGAGAGAAUAGAAGAUUCGAUGGAGAUUUAUUGUUCGGUGGAUGAGCUCAGAGCCAAAGCGCCUCCUCAAAAGAUCUCCGCCGUAGAACAGAAACAAGUUGAAAUGAAUAACCGUUAUAAUUGGAUUCAAUCAAAUAAUAUUAAUAACGGACAAAUUAAUAACACGCCACCUAAAAACAAUGUCAAGAGUGGAAACUUUGCAUUUCAUAGUGACAGCAAGAUAGAUGUUUUACAGGAACUGACGCUAAAUAAGCCUCAUAGGGUGGCGCAGCGUGUGGCGAUGUGGGAACGCAGAGUAAUAGGCGAACGAACUUCUGAAAUUUUCAAAAAUCUCCAAAAGAAACAAGCCGAAACCGCUAAGGAAGCUGAAGAAGCCGCACAAAGACAAGAACAACUUUGGCGGGAACAAGAACGUAAAGCAAAAGAAGCAGAAACUCAGAUUCGCGAAAUAGCGAGGCGCGCUCGUGAGCAACACCGGCGCUCGGCGACUUCAAUACCUCAGCAACAACAUGGCGGUAAUACUAUAAGCGCCACUGCCAGUAAUACUACUACAAGCAUCACUGGAAGUUCAGGUCCUAGUUCAAGUACCAGCAGUCCCCCUGGCAGUCUCGAAGCAGGCAUGCCACGACCGCCGAGUGCCCGCGCUGUCCUGGACUGGUACCGCGAAACAGAAGUGCGACGCAAUGCGGGCAUCGAGCGAGAUGGCAGGGUGUCGUCGUGGUUUCACGGUUUGAUAACACGACAGGAAGCGGAACAGGCCUUGAAUGUUGAGAAAAUGGGGACAUUCCUGGUGCGGCUCUCUGAACGUAUUUGGGGGUAUGCAAUUAGCUACAAAGCUGAAGAUAGGAUUAAGCAUUAUUUAGUAGACGCCUCUAAUGGCCAUUACCAGUUCCUGGGAGAUAAUCAGUUAUCUCAUAAAACUCUUGGUGAUUUAGUUUCUCAUCAUGCCAGCGAACCGAUCACAAUGAUUGGUGGUGAGCUGUUGAAACGUCCAUGUCCUCUUCCGCGAAAGAUAUUACCUAAAAUUGCUAGUUCAUAAUAUAACUAACGCAUUGUGUUAUAUAUAUGACUGAUAUGACUGUGACACCCGAUCAAAAUGUAUUUAUAUAACACAUUUAGGAAUAUAAAUGCCUUUUAUUUCCUUUUAUCUACAUAGUCGACUCUAUUUUAGUUAGAUGUUUUAAAUAAAUCAUUAUGACUGUGAAUAAUUAAAAUUUAGAAAUGAGU